AUGACUGAGGAGAAAAUUGUUCGUACUUUCAUCAAGACUCACGAUCCACCCUACUUUGAAGAGAUCUUUCGCAUGACUGGAAGUUCGUUUGCUGCUAUCAUUAACAAGUUGGAGGAGUAUGAUGAAUUUAUCAAAGCAGGGAAGAUUGUUAAUGUGUCUGCAUUAAAGUUGCAAUUGGAUUUAAAAGCAGUUGGAAAAAUUGGCACCGUUCCUCCCAAACUUUAUUCCAAAGGCAUUCCUCCAAGUUAUGAUGCGCAAGCAAUCUGUGCUUAUCAUUCUGGGAGUCCAGGUCAUAUCACUGGCAAUUGUUGGAUUUUAAAAUAUAAGAUUCAAGACAUGAUUGAUUCUGGAGACAUCCUUCUUAAAAGAAAGGGAGAGCAAGGACCGAAUGUCAACAAGAAUCCUUUACCUGAGCAUGGGAGCACUGUGGGGGUUAUUAUCGCUGAUGAAAACUUUAUCGAUCCCACUCAGUACAUUAUAGAUGAAACUGAGAUGUUUGGCGUAAUGGAGACCGACCACGUGAGAAUGAGAAAAUUGAUGUCUGCUGAAGAGUCCAUGACUAAGGAUAAUAUUGAGAAAAAGUUGAGAUCUUUUGUGUUUGAAAAAGAGGAACCAUUUAUAGUAGAAAGAGGGCCUUCCGAGGUUGACAAUUCUAAAGCUCAUUUUAUUCUGGAUCUACCAUCUUUUGAAUGGGAUAUAUUAGAGCCUGUCAUUCUUGAAUUUUCGGAACAAAUGCCUAUCAAUAACUUGCAAGAGGUGUCAUGGAAUUACGAGGAGUCUAUUCUGUUGAUUGGAGAUAAAAAAUGCUUAAAGGAAGAGGAAUUUACUAUUACCACGUCUGGGAGAAUUGUGAAAAACUCUGAAAUUGAUGUUCAGUCUAGAACCAAGGUUAAAUCUCCGACGCCCAAGCCUCUUGUGUCUGAAAAUGAAGUUGUGAAUUUUUUAAAGAUGUUGAAGAGAAGUGAGUACAAAAUAGUAGAACAGUUGGAUAUGAUGCCUGCUCAGAUUUCUUUUCUGAAUCUUCUCUUGAUCUCCGAGCUACACAGUGAAGCAUUGCUCAAAAUCCUGAACGAAGCUCAAGUACCUAAAGAUAUUCCGGUGGAUAAAUUUUCUAAUAUUGUGGGAAAUGUACUUGCUGCUAAUCAUAUCGCCUUCUUCGAUGACGAUCUGACUGCAGAAGGGAUCGGCCAUAACAGAGCCUUGUAUAUAUCUAUCCGCUGCAAUGGAAAGCUGUUGCCGAGAGUCUUGGUGGAUAAUGGGUCAGUGCUGAAUAUCUGUUCAUGGAACAUUCUCACUAAACUUGGAUUUAUUGACGUUAAACUCCGCCCGUCUGCAACUGUGGUUAGAGCGUUCGAUGGUUCAAGGAGAGAAUCUAUGGGCGAAAUAGAUCUGGUAUCGGAGAUAGGCCCUGCUCAAUUCCAAGUUACUUGCCAAGUAAUGGACUUCUCUAGUGUUUACAAUAUUUUGUUUGGAAGAUCUUGGAUACAUGUUUCCAAUUUAGUGCUAUCUUCUCUGCAUCAAAUGUUGAGGUUUAUUGUGAAUGAUCAAUACAUCACUGUGUUUGCUGAGGAUGACUGUACCAUGAUUGUUGAUACAAAAUUCAAAAGUGAAGACAGAAAAAGGACUCCAAUUUCAUCUCAUAUAUUGCUGACAUCGUCUCUGUGGGUUGGGUAUCCAAAGAUAAGUCGUUGA